AUGAAUAAAGCAUUCAUCGCGUAUCAGACUUAUUGCGACUUUUUAAAAAAAUCACUCUGCAGUUGGCUAGGAUCGCGGUUUAAAAUGAUAAACGAGCUGAUCGAAACGCUCCUCUUAGAGAAAAAUCAAAUAAACAACGAAGAAUCCGACGAAGUGGUUAUUUUCAAGCCAAGCAACAAUCUAGGAAACCGACUGCGAAUUGACAAUUCACUAUCCGAUUCAAUCGACGCACCGAAUUCUGAUCAAGGAUCAUCGACCGAUGAGAAACUCCGUUCGCUUCAACAAAUCAGAUUUCUGCAUCUGCAAGUGUGCAACGUCUCGAAGAUGGUGAACAACAUAUUCAACAACCAAAUAUUAAUCUAUACCCUCACGAUGCUAAUAUACGUUAGCAUAAUGAUUUACAGUAUAUACAUUGACUUUCGCAGAAGCCAUGAUUUCGUGAAGGUCAUAAAUCCAAUGUAUUUGUACUUGUUGGACAGCAUCAUUUCUAUCUUGAAAAUUCCAGUAAUGAGCUAUGAUUGCGAAUAUACGAUGAGACAGUGUUUCUACUUCGUGAUAACUUAUUUGGUGAUCAUGAUACAGUUGAGUCAGAACUUAAUGAAUGACUCAUUGUCAGACGCAACCGGAAACGAGACCUCCACUUUUCAAACAAUAUUACAAGAAAAUACAACGGCACUCCGUAACUUCAUAGAUCCAAGAAAGAAUCUAUUCAAGUUCGUUUGCAGUUGGAUCUGGAACAUAUCUGUAGUUGUUAUGAUUCUUUUGAUACAACUUUCUACUACAGCAAGCUACAUAAAAACUGUAAAAUUUUACGUACAACGCAUUAUAUAUUCAGUCCAAGAUGUUUGCCACGUGUACGGAUACAUCGUUAUAAUAAUCAUUGGUCUGUGCCAAUCUAAGAAUGCAUUAACGUUAGUAAAACAGAUCGACCAAGUGGACAAAGAUCUGAAGCAACUGGGGAUCGAGAUCGAUUAUCGCAAUUUGUUUCGUCACGUGAAAAUCAUGGGAUCCUUUUGGCUACUGAGCGUGGUCGUACCAUGUGGAAUUUUCAUCAGAUGGAUAAUAGAGACGCAGUCAUUUUCAUACAUGAUGUUGUGUACAUUUUCCUACGUUUUUGUUACGAACGCCCAUUGGUUGGGAUCGCGAUUUAAAAUGAUAAACGAGCUUCUUGAAACAUUGAACGAUGAGAGAACAAAUGGGGAAGAAUCCGAUGAAGAAAUCACUUUCACAGCAAGUAACAGUUUCCGAAGUCGACUUCGAACGAAGGUUACAAAAGUAUCUCCCGUGGGCAAGACUUCGAAUUUUAAACGAAGAUGGUCGAUCGACGAAAAAGUCCGUCUGCUUCAGAAAAUCAGAUUCCUGCAUCUACGAGUGUGUAACGUCUCGAAAAUGGUGAAUCAUAUAUUCAACGUCCAAAUAUUAAUAUAUAGCUUCACAAAGUUUCUGUAUAUUAGUAUAACUGGAUAUUUCAUAUAUAUAAACAUCCGCAAGAAGACUGAUUUCACAAACUGGUUAAAUUUAACAUUGAUAUUCAUGUUUGACGGCAUUGUUGGCACGCUGAAAAUUCCACUAAUCACUUAUGAUUGCGAAUAUACGAUAAGACAGAUUAACAUAACGAUGAACAACUAUGGAGCAACGACGAGGAUAAUAACCAUACUGAAUCACAUAGCGGCACUCCGUAACUUCAUAGAUCCAAGAAAGAAUCCAUUCAAAUUCGUUUGCAGCUGGACAUGGAACAUAUUUCUGAUUCUUAUGAUCGUUGUUGUUCAAUUUCAUGCUGAUCUGAACUUUUUGCAGAGAAAUUAUGCUUUCAAUAUAGAACGCAUUACGUACAUAUUUCAAUACGUUACUCACGCGUUCGGCUAUACGAGUACAGUGAUCAUCGGUUUGUGCCAAUCCAAAAAUGCGUUGAGACUAAUGGAGCAGAUUGACAGAGUGGACGAAAAUUUGAAGAAUCUCGGGAUUGAGAUCGAUCAUCGCUGUUUGUUUCGUCACGUGAAGAUCGUAGGAUCAUUCUGGCUACUGAACGCGAUCAUAAUAUUAGGAAUUUUCAUCACAUGGAUAGUGCGGACGAUUCCACUGUUAUACUUCCCUACACUUACGUACAUUUACAUCACGAACGCCCAAUCAGUUGUUUUGUACGACUACAACACAGCUAUAUUUUGGUUGGGAUCGCGAUUUAAAAUGAUAAAUCAGCUCAUGAAAACCUUGUUGCCUUUGGAAGACGAUGAAAGAAACGCCAAGGAAUCCAACGAGGAAAUCGUUUUCAAACCAAGUAGUAAUUUUCGAAACCGACUGGAAAUCGACAAUUGCUCGUCCAGUCAUUCUGCAGAAGUUUCACAAAUACCUUUCAUAAACGAUACUUCAAAGUUUGAGAAAGAAUCACCGACUGUCGAGAAACUUCGUUUACUUCAACAAAUCAGGUCUCUACAUCUGCAACUCUGCAGCGUUUCGAAAUUGGUGAACCACAUGUUCAACGUUCAAAUACUAAUAUAUACGUUUACGACGCUGAUAUACCUCAGUGCAUCGACUUAUUGGAUAUACAUGGAAAUCCAGAGAAAAGCUGACGUCGUAGAAAAAUUAGAUCAUAUAUUGAUAUUCAUGUUAGACGGUGUUGCUGGUACUUUGAAAAUCGCCGUAAUGAGCUACGAUUGCGAAUAUGCAAUGAGACAGGUAAAAAAUUCGUUUCUCAAUCUCUUUGAUGGACAAAAUUGUGAAGUAUCUGAAGCAUUGAGAAAUCUUUUUCUCGUUUGAGACUGAAAGAAGAUUCAAAAAUCAAGACACGAAAAAUUCGAAGACCUCGGUAAAAUUACGAAUUGCACAGAACGAGCUAAAAAUCACAGUGACGUUAAUUAAAUUAUCAGUAUUAUUCAUAAAACAACGUUUUAUUUCAUUAGAAAAUUCAAUAUAUUUCUCAAAAUUUAGCAACUAUGUCACGAUAAAAUUACAAUCCAACACAAAGAAUCCUUUGAAAGAUUAAUUUUUUUAAUUCUUUUUUUUUUCUUUAGAAAAAAGUAAGAAAUUUUAAGUCUGAUUUAUUCAAUUCUCAGGUGGACAAGAUGAUAAGACUCAUCCACGCAUGCCCUUUGUAUCGAGAGAGCACGGAAUUAAAAAACGAGGUAACAAAUUGAAACUCUUUAUUAUCUUGCGUACCGAAUGAAAUUAUCUUGGAAAAAUAAAACGUGGACUUUAUCUGUUGACAGACCAUCCAAUUUUUGUGGCAAAUAUCUUAUACGCAACUUGAGGAUACAAAUUCAGUUCGUUAUAUACUAAACUACAGCCUUGUUCGUGACGUUAGUACUUUUUUUAAAUAAUUUCUCUUUCUCACAGAUAGAAUAUAUUAAGAAUUAUCUCAUUUAUUCUUACAGUGUUUAUACUUCGUAUUAA